AUGCAACCUACAUUUUUAGAACCUUUGGGUUCAGUUAAUUUCUCAAAAUUCAAGACCGAUAUAUCGCUGAGGAAUACAACGCAAAUCGUCUUCAGUUCAUCUUCAGCAACUGUAUGUCUAUACGAUAUACACAAGCUUGAAUGCUUUCGUGACAGUCCGAAUUGGUCACAUCAAUUUACAUGGAUACCUAUUUUAGAUUUAAAAUGUUUAUUGGAUAAUGUAUCAGACUCUCCUGAUGAUUUGUACAAUUGGCAUAUUAGUAAAGUUAUGUUUGUAAAUACUUCAACUACGGCAAGGCAAUCUUUAGCAGCAGUUCUUGUAAAUAUCAACCAGAAUCGUUCACUUGUCUGUUUUUUUCGUUCAUUGAGUACAGCGAAAUGUAACAUAAAUAUUUUAGUAAAUGGGGCAAUAACCUCACUAGAGUGGUUGCCUCUUAUCGAUAUAGGAUGUAAGCCAUCGGAAUCGCACUCCAUGAACUCUACUAUGGAUAAUACGGAUCAAGAUAUUUCCAAAGGAACAAACAAAACUUUAAGCUCUGUUUUGUCAAUUUUUGAUGGUUGUUUCGCUCUCGGCUUUCAGCAAGGACUCAUACAAGAUGCAAGUACAUUAGCUGGGGAGAUGAGAUUUAUCGAUCUCGACUCCGCUUUCAAAAUGACUUGUGAGCUUCAGCAACGUGUCGUCGACCUUAUUUACUCACAUAAUAGGCACUUAAGAAAUCUGGAGGCCAUUGUCCGAAUCAAACAAGAAGACACAAGUUCAAAUCUAAAUGAAGAGCUUCAAUGUCAACAACAAACUCGUGACGAGAGUGAGACUAAUGAACAAGUAGAUCAUGAAAACACUGUACCAGUCAAUAAUGAUGAAUUGUCAAACAAUAACAAUCAAGAGGAUCAACUAAUGUGUAACACAGAGAACACAAACAAAGAAUCUAUAAAUACAAUAUCUACUAACAAUCAAACAACUAUUAUUUCUGAUACAUGCGUAGCAACACCAAAUGAUAAACAUAGACUAGUCUCUAUAGAAUCACUCUAUCACGAUAUGUUGCCUGAUACUUUUGAUAAUAAUUCAACUAAUGAAAAUAUGCAAUGUAAUGCAUGUCAAUUAAGAAAUCAAGUACAAAAUGAAAUGACUAUUAAUAUGGUUUGUGCAGCAUGUCCUGGUUUACCUCGUAUUUGUUCAGCACAAUGUUUUCGUUGGUGGCAUAGUGUUCAUUUAUUAACAUUAAUAGAUAAACAAUCCAAAUCUAUAAAAAAUGAUAAAAUUUCUACUAUAGAAAACUUAUCAAAAAGUUUAAAUUCUAUUGAAUAUCAACAAUCAAAAAGAAUAAAAGAAUAUAAAUCUCAUACAAGAUCUCUUCCAUUACUUUCUGCAUCAGGUAAUUUUAAAUCAGAUGGAAAAAAAAGAAAACGUAAAUGUCAUAGAUUUACUCAUAUCAAACGACAUCCACCACAUCAAGAUAAUUCAUAUUGGGUUCAACAAUCUAUUAAUAAUAAUAAUAAUAAUCAUGUUAAUAGUCCUAUCACUAUACAACAUAAAACUAGUCGUUCAAGAAAAUCAAAAGUUUAUAUGAAUAUUAAAGAUCCAGAAUGGACACCUUACAGAAAAUAUUGA